CUUUCAAUAUGAAUGAAACUUUAAUGGUACUUGAUGCAAUGACGAAGAUACAAAGGACACCAGUUGAUGAUCUUGUAUCUUUAGCAUAUACUUUACUUUGGAUGUGGUGUGGAGGAAAGCUGCCUUGGGAGGGGUAUGGCUUUGGAGUCAAUGCAGCAGCAGAUAGGCUUGAUUUAUUGCAUGAAGUCAUGGUCAAACUUCCACACAAUGAUGGUAUAAGACUGUUUGUGAAAUGGGCUCGGUCUCUUAAUAGGAUGGCAACAGUGGAGGAAAUUAGGUAUGAUGAGGGAAAAAAUAUGUUGAUGUGA